CUUUCACAAAUCUUUCAAAUCUUUUAACGACAAAUUUGUUUCAAAAUUGUUAAAAGUAUCGCUUUAAGACCAAUUUUCAUUUAUUGUUGAGAUGGAAGAAGACUUUGCUAGGAAAAAGGCAAAAUGCAUUCAAGCAAUCAAGGGCAUUCAUUUACUCAUGGCUAAAAACAGGAUUCCCAUACCAAGCAAAUACCAAAAAAGUAGAGUCCAUGAAGACUUACCAUUUGAACCGAAGAUUAGGGAAGAGGAAAUUAUAAGAAGAUUCAAGUAUCUGGAACCUGAAAGUAGAGAACAGAUGGCUGAAAAGCUUAAUGAUUUGUUGGUGUAUGCCGAGGUGGCAAAGGCAUUGAGAUCCGAGUUAAUAGCAAUUAUUGUGUUGAGCAAAUUACGGAAGUGGGAAAAUCUACUUCUAGAGCCGCAUCUGGCAAUGCCACCCAUACCCUCACCAUCACCCGAACAGAAGCGACUGCUACUUGAACGUAAAAAAAAUAUUGAAGAAAGGGAUCAAAGGACAGCAAAUGUUUUAAAGCAAUUUGAAAAACAUGGAGAUGAUCGACGUGCCGCCGUACAAAGCAUUAACCCGUUCGACCCACCAGUUAGAACAAUAACACUUCCGCCUCAAACUAUUGGACAGCCACAGUCUCGAACGCACGAAACUACAGCUCAGAGGGUUGACCUUGACGAACAGCGUCGAAGAGAUAUAGAAGAAUACCAGAAAUUCGGUGCAAUUAGGAAACGGUUGCAUGACCUACCAGAAUUUCAGCGUGACUUAAAGGGACCAAAAUUACCUGAGCAUGAACUCCCCAUUACGUCACGAGCGAAGACAAAAGACAAUACAAAGUCUAUCUACAAGGAGCUUGCACAGCAGAAGAGGAUGGACGAAUUGAGACUACAAAUGAAGAAGGCAUUGUCUUUGAUCAACACGAAUCCUAACAAUCAAUCUGAUAAUGAUCGAUCGAACAACCCUCGACAACAAAAUAGAGAUUCAGAUGAACGAAGACGAAAUAUCGAAGAUCGAGAUCGACGUGUAGCAACUACUUUAAGGCAGUAUGAAGAACUAGGCCAAAGUCGUCGUGAUGCAGUGCAAAGCGUAAAUCCGUUUGAAGAAAGAGUUAGAACGAUAACUCUUCCGCCUCAAACUAUUGGACCCCCACAGUCCCAAAUCCGGGGACCGACUGCAAGGGUAGAUGUGGACGAUCAACGCCGCAGAGAUGUGGAGAAUUAUCAAAAAUUUGGAGCAAUAAGGAAGAGAUUGUAUGACCUUCCAGAAUAUCAAAGUGACUUGAAGGGACCAAAAUUACCGGAUCAUAAGGUUCCCUCGACUGUAACUGCAACGCCAUCUAAAUUUCAAGAACUUGAAAAACAGAGGACGGUAGAUAUGAUGAGACAGCAAUUGCAAGAAGCUUUUACUUCACGUAAGAUAAGACGUCCCAAUGACUCUGACAACAACCAGGUGACAACUAGUGAAGCAAGAACUACACAAUCGAAAGAAAUGAUUGCAGAAAGAGAUCAAAAGACAGCUCGUGUUCUAAAAGAAUAUGAAGAGCUUGGUAAACGUCGACGUGCAGAAGUUCGCACUGUCAAUCCAUUUCAAGACAAUGUUAGAACAGUGCGACUUCCUGAUCAAACAAUACCAAUGCCACACAGUUCAGGAACACCAGAAGCAACAGCUACGAGAGUAGACAUAGACGAACAAAGACGUAGAGAUAUUGAGGAUUAUCAAAAAUUUGGUGCGAUAAGAAAACGCCAGCACGAUAUACCAGAAUAUCAGCGUGAUCUAUUGGGACCAAAGUUACGAACUCAUGGACUUGCGUCGACCAAACCGAAGCGUGGACAAGCAGCUGAAACUCGAACCAAAUAUAAACAACUCGAAAAACAACGAGAAUUGGCCAAGUUACAACAAGACUUGCAGGAUGCGAUACAGUCGCGAAAACGAAUUCGUCGUGAUUCUCCAGAAAAUAUUCGAGAACGGCGUGACACUAAUACGGACACUGAUGCUAAAAAUCCUCUGAAUGAUCCAGACAAUGCCCCGACGAGUCCAGAGAACGAUCAGUAAAUUGAGUAUGGAAUAACUUGUGUAAUUAACCGAAUUUGAUUAUAGUGUGACUGUGUAAAUUUA